AUGAGGAAAGCUGUGACUCAGGACAAAUGGGCCCAGACGGGAUGGAGGAUAGAGCAGAAGUAUGCAAACAAAGUGCUGUUAGGAAACUGGGCUGAACAAAGACUCCAGUUUACUCGGGAGCCAGAGAUAGCCAACAGCACCAAUCGUGUAGACUACCGGCCCCUGGGACUCAAGCCAGACGCCUCUGCGAGAAGAUCUGCCCUGCUGAGAGCUGAGGGGCUUCCAUCCAAGAUGCUGUUUGCCCACUCUGGCCCACCGGCCUCACAUUAUUUGGUCACGCAGUAUGAAGAAAGCUACGGGCACAGGAACACUGACGCUUUGCCCACUCUGCAGCCCUGGCAUGCAGACAACUUGAGAGGGCAGCCUGAGAGGGUUGACCGGCCAAUAUCUGAUGCUUGUGCAUCACAUGAUGCCUCUGUUGUGGAAAUUCGACUGCACAGCAUGUUUUACCCGGAGCACUGGAGAGUGUGCCUGGUGCGCCACAUGGUGGUGCUAUAG